GCGGGGCAGGCUCUAUCUAGGGUUACAAAAUUACAAUCUUUUUCUGCGCCGGCGCCGCAGCAGCCGUGGCCGUCACCAUGGAAGCAGCAACGGACGACGGCUCCGGAUCCGGCUCCAGCGUCGGCUGCGAUUGGUCCCGGUUGCCGGAGGACAUGCUUGUCAACGUCCUGGGAGCGAUGCACGUCGCCGACGCCGUCCGCUCCGGUGCCGUCUGCACGUCCUGGCACGCGGCGUACACCGCGUUCCGUCGCCACCGCGUCCCGUCGCCGAGGCAGCCCCCCUGCCUGCUCUAUGCCAGCGACUUCGUCGACCCCGGCGACGCCGCGCUCCACUGCCCCGCCUCCGGCUCCACGCUCCGGAUCCCCUUCCCGCGGGCCCCGCUCGCUCGCCGCCCCCUGCUGGGCUCUGGCCGCGGCUGGCUGGUCACCGCCGACGAGGCCUCCGACCUGCACCUCCUCAAUCCCGUCACGCGCGCCCAGGUCGCGCUCCCGCCCAUCACCGCACUCUACCACGUCAAGAGCUUCACCGAUGAGCUAGGUGACCCCGUGUACAACGAGCAUGGUGAUCCUAUGUACAAGGUCUACGAAAACCUGCUGAACGACCAGUGCAAGAUCGACUUGGAGCCGACCAUCCUGGACGCGCCCGACGCGUACUGUAUGUACUACCGGGUCGUGCUCUCGGCCAGCCCUUCCGCCGGGCGCGCCUGCAUCGUGUUGCUCCUGCACAUGCCGCAUGGCGAAAUAUCGUUCGCUAGGCUCGGCGACGAGCGGUGGACUGUGGUCAAGCGGAGCGACGACACGGGCCUCCCGUGGAGGUUCUUUUACACUGACGCCAUGUACAACGACGUCGAUGGCUUGUUCUACCUGCUCCGUCAUGAUGGCACAAUGAUCAGCUUGGAACUCAAUGGACCUUCGCCAGUGGCCCGCCAAAUACUUAGCUCGGCGCCCAAACCUGUCAGUUCAACCAAGUACCUCGUCCAGACACCGUCCGGUGACAUCUUGCAAGUCUGGAGGGUUGGGGACUACGAUGACCUUCCACCCGGCUACGAAGAUGAAAAAGAGUUCAACACAACUGAUCUGCAGCUCUACAAGGUUGACCUCGAUCACGGAAAGGUCGAGAUGAUCAAAAGCUUGCCAGACUAUGUAUUGUUUCUUGGGUAUAAUGGCUCGAUGUGCCUUCCAGUUAAGGAUUUCCCCGGGUUGAAGUCCAAUUGUGCUUACAUAACCGCCGACUUCGAGGAGUAUGUCGAUGUCUCAAAGUCUAACCGACGAGAAAUUGGUAUUUGGAGUAUGAAGGAGAAAAGCAUGUCGAGCCUUGUUGAUGUCUCACAAUUUACUUGUCCUUGGUUGAAUUGGCCAUCUCCUAUAUGGAUAAAACCCUCCUUUUUGUAGCUAGCGGAGGAUGCUGACAAAAUCGUUGUAUUUCUUUUGAUUCUGAAUAAUUGUUAUUACUGUUUUUUCUAUUCGAAUA